ACCACGUGUUUCGCUCACAUAGGAAGGAACGGGUCCAAAGAAACAGUUAGCUUUCUCUGUUUCUGCGAUAUAAAAGUUCCCAUUUAUCUAUUUUGACGGUGUUUGGCGGGGCAUAGGUUUUUAAACACUACCUAACCAUGUCUUCAUUCAGGAAAGCGCUGAAGUCCAAACAGAGGAACCACCAUGAGAGAUCUCAGCUCGUUUCCAGGAAAACGUUGGGUUUGUUGGAGAAGAAGAAGGACUACAAACUCCGAGCAGAUGACUAUCACAAGAAACAAAACACUCUUGCUGCUCUGCGAAAAAAAGCUAUGGAGAAAAACCCGGAUGAGUUUUACUUCAACAUGAUCAGCUCCAAACUAGAGGAUGGAGUUCAUGUGAUGAAGAAAACAGAGGAAGAGGUGACAGAGGAGCAGAAGAAAGUGAUGAGGACGCAGGACAUCAAAUAUGUGGAGAUGAAACGUGUAGCAGAGGCCAAGGUGUGUCAGCUGUUCCAACAGGCUGUAUUACAGAUACAAGUUGAUAAAGUGCUUUUUUUUAUUGGAAAGGUAAUGUUUAAUUAUAGAUGUAAAGCAUAUUUUUGCAAAAACUAAAUGUUCUCAGAAAAUUCAGGAUAUUACAUGACGAG